AUGUUUACAAGCAGCGGAGAUCUUACGAGACAUAAGAAGAUAUGUGGAGGAAGAAAGCCGACUAUCAUCUGCAAAGGCGAGAAGGUCAAGCGCAUGCCUAGCAAGUCAGAGAAGGUCUUUUACGGUGAGGGCUUCAGCUAUGACGCUUGUGAAUGGCUCGAGCACAUGUCGAGGGAAACUGGAAGGCACAUUCAUCACGCACUCUGUGGGCAUGGAGGAGAACGAGUCAUACGCUACGGGGAGAAAGAAAAUGAGGUCUACAAGCGGCAAACAUCCGAUCUAACAUACAUCUCGGAGCAUGUGCCGGUCAGCGUCGCUAUUCACGAUAGUCUGAACGGAGAUCCAACGUUCCUGGAGCAUGAUGAUCCCAAGAUCUUGGUUGAACGAUUUGUGGAGCAGCUCGAAAAGAGACACGCCCUCAUCGUGAAAGACGUGGAGAGAAUGUAUCCAAGACCCGAUGAUUUUGACAUGCUUCCAGACAAGACUCAGAAGGCAUGGAACGAGUGGGUAAACCAGGUGGUCGUGAUAGGUUUCAACAGUGGAAAGUAUGACCUGAACAUGAUCAAGCGGUACUUUGUCGAUCAAAUUGCCAAAGACGAUACUCCUGGCAUGAGCUACGACCUAUGGUGCAAGUCUCUGGAUUGCAAGCUCGAAAAGCUGGUGUUCCCAUACGAGUGGCUGACGAGCUAUGACAAGCUAAACCACGUCGGCCCCGUGGAGCACAAGAACUUCUAUAGCAGUCUUACUGGGAAAAACACCCUCUCUCUUGAUGAGUACGAAACAUUCCGUGCAGAGUUUUACAAGCGAGGCUGCGUCACCAUGAUGGACUGGUUGCGUGAGUACAAUUUAGCCGACGUGGAACCUUUCAUCGAAGCCGUGGACAAGACAAGGCGGCAGUACUACGACGACGAGAUAGACAUCUUGAAAGGCGCAGUAAGCAUUCCAGGUGUGUCGAUGCGCUACGUCUUGAACAAGUCUCUACGACUGAAUCCAAAGCUAGAGCUAUACGCUCCAGGAGAGCCUUGUAAGCAUAAGUGUAAUGAAGACUGCUUCAACAGCAACGCGGAACAUAGUUCCAAGAAGUGCAAGGCGUGCAAAAAGGUGGAAAAGGCUUGCACUGAGUGCACGAAGAAUGAGGCCUACGAGCUCUUGCAGACGGGCAUGGUGGGAGGGCCUGCCAUCAUGUUCUGUAGGUACCACGAGAGAGACGUGACGGGUAUCAGAUCCCAUAUCUACCAGGAGCCACGGAAGUGCAAAACUGUUUUGGGGCUUGACGCGAACAUGCUGUUCCCGAGUACGUUGAUGCAAGACUUUCCUUGUGGGAAGGAGAAGCUGAUCAAGAUCAACCCACCCACAGCUGAGCACAACAUCAGACUGUUGACAGAAGGGGUGCAGAGCGGCAGCUUAUUCGGUUUUGCGCAGGUCGACAUCGAGGUCCCUCUGGAACUGUAUGACAAAUUCAGCGAGAUGGCUCCGCUAUUUGUGGUCAAGGAGAUACCCGACGAUCAAAUCCCUGAGCACAUGCACGAGUACCUAAAAGCAACAGGGCGCAAACGUAUUUCAGGCACACGUAAGCUCCUAGGGUUGAUGAAAGCUGAAAAGAUCUUGUUGUACACUCCGGUGCUAAAGUGGUACCUCGACCAUGGCCUGAAGGUGACAACGUUUCACCAGUUCAUCAAGUACAAACGAGGUAAACCGUUUGCGUGGUUUCCGGAAGAAAUUGCGGAUGCACGACGACAAGCCGAUAAGGAUCCUGACAAGCGUAUUGCUGGAGAUACGGCAAAGCUGAAAGGGAACUCAUUCUAUGGGAAAAUGAUCGAGGACCUAGCGAGACACGCGAACACCAUCUUUACGAGAGAUGAAAAGAAGGUGGAUGCAGCGAUGAGAUCGCCAUACCUUGAAGAUCUUGAAGAGAUAGGUGCUGCUUACGAGAUCCGAGAAGGGAAGAAAAAGGUGCAUAUCGACAGAGCAUACCAGUGCGGCAUUGCAGUGUACCAGCUGGCCAAAUUGCGCAUGCUUGAGUUCUAUUAUGACUUCAUCGACAAUGCCUAUUUUGCCAUCUCUGGAGAAGAGUUGCGAGAUGUUGUUCGCCCUGAACUGCUUGACGAGUACGACAAAGACGUGAAAAACUGGCUCGUCACUGAUAAAUACUCGAGUCGAACAGGAAGUCUGUUUAAGCUUGAGUUUAUGGGGUUUAGGAUGAUUGCCACGACAGCCAAGUGCUAUUUCGUCGAAGGGAAAGAGGGCACAAAAUUCUCCUGUAAGGGCAUGUCGAAGAAGCAUAACGCUAUGACAUGGGAGAGGUAUAAGAACGCGUUGAAUGGCUCUAUUGACACUGCGAAAAACGUAGGUUUCCGGCUUCGAGUCACUCCUCUUCAGUAUAAAGCGGUAGUACUCAAGAGUAUAAAGAGCAAGUACGCUAAGCCUGCAAAGCAGGACAGCACUGAAAAACACCUUGGAUAUGGUGAACCAAAGGUUCUGAGUGGUAUACUCACAGAAUCAAAAACCCUCUGGGUUCAAACAACAACAACAAAAACAACAACAAAAACCCCAGAGGGUUCCCUUGCGAGGGUUUUGUUUUGA